GCCGGGCUUCCGGCGGGCGGCCAAUCGCCGUCCUCGGGGCCUCCCAGCACCAGGCGGGCCGCGGCUGCCCGGGGGCACAGGAGUGCCGGGGGCGUGGAGGCGGCCUGGGCGCGGCGGGGGCCCGGAGGCACAGAGGCUGUCUGGGCGCGCAGGAGGCCUGGAAAUCUGCACGGCCCCCAGGAGACGACGCCUCUGCUAGGCCCGGCUGGAGGCCGGGGAGUCCGUCCCACCCACCGCGCCCAGGCGCGAGCCGGCCCCAGGGUGCCCACUGCGCGCGGAGCCGCGGACCAUGUCGGUGUCUGACCAGGCCUUUGUCACGCUGGCCACCAAUGACGUCUACUGCCAGGGGGCCCUGGUCCUGGGGCAGUCACUGAGGAACCAGAGGCUGACCAGGAAGCUGGUGGUGCUGAUCACCCCUCACGUGUCCAGCCUGCUCAGGGUUGUCCUCUCGAGGGUGUUUGACGAGGUGAUCGAGGUGAACCUGAUAGACAGUGCCGAUUACAUCCACCUGGCCUUUCUGAACAGACCGGAGCUAGGAGUCACCCUCACCAAGCUUCACUGUUGGACGCUGACCCGUUAUAGCAAGUGCGUCUUCCUGGAUGCAGACACCCUGGUGCUGUCCAAUAUCGAUGAGCUGUUCGAGAGGGGUGAGUUUUCUGCAGCCCCGGAUCCCGGCUGGCCGGAUUGUUUCAACAGCGGCGUCUUCGUCUUUCAGCCCUCCCUUGAGACGCACGGCCUCCUGCUGCAGCACGCCACCGACCACGGCAGCUUCGACGGGGCAGAUCAAGGCUUAUUGAACAGCUUCUUCAGCAGCUGGUCGACGGCCGAUAUCCACAAGCAUCUGCCGUUCAUCUAUAACCUGAGUAGUAACACCGCAUACACGUACAGCCCCGCCUUCAAACAGUUCGGUUCGAGUGCAAAGGUGGUCCACUUUUUGGGGUCCAGAAAGCCUUGGAACUACAAGUACAAUCCACAGACUGGCUCGGUUUUGGAGGAGGGCUCCGAGCUGGUCACCCAGCACCAGGCAUCGUUUCUCAAGGUCUGGUGGGGCAUCUACCACGGCAGCAUCCUGCCUCUUUACGAAAGCAUCCGGGACGAGCAAGAACACGCAUCUCCAGGACGCACGGCUUGCCUCGGUGGUGUUGGGGCACCAUGUGCAAAUUCAGCUCCCAGUGCUGAGGGGCCGUGUGCAAAUUCUGUGCCCAGUGCCGGAAACCUGUGUGCAGAUUCAGCGGUGGGGUCCAGCCAGGCGUGGCCUGCUGAGGAUCCUUCAGAGACGAACGUGGGAGUGGACGAGACCCCACCCUCACCUGAAGGAGGCCAUUCUGAAGACGUUGACCUGGCCGUCUCCAUUUCCGAGAUGUCUCUUAAAGAAAAAGUCAGGGAACUGAGUCCCGAGGAGGAAAGGAGAAAAUGGGAGGAGGGACACGUAGACUACAUGGGGCAGGAUGCCUUUGCCCGCAUCCAGGAGAAGCUGGACCGCUUUCUGCAGUAACCCGUGCGGUCAGGCCGCACCCCGUGUGGUCGGACGGUGUCCUGCUGCGUGGUCCCGUUCCCCGGACAUCUCCGGUCCUUUCAAAGGGAAAAGCCAUUCGACUCUGUGCCUCUAUUUAUGGUUGAGCAACUCGAGUGCCUCUCAGAAACGACAUAACCAUGAAAACCCAGCUUGAAGCCCCCCGCUGAUUCGAGCUGACUGUGCCUCCUUAGCUUGGUCAGCCGAGCGGUCCUUUCUUCUUGUCACCCUGUCAGCAAAAGGGAGCGGGAAUAAACGUCCCGUGGACCUUUGGCAGCGGCCUCUGGGCUUGCUCGAAGGAGCUCAGAAAUGCCGCCUUGGACCACGUGCUACCGUAUCCAUCCCCCAUAGGGUUGGACGUCACUGCAGGUUUUCUUCUGUCCCCGAGCUAAUAACGCUCGAAUGUGUCUUCAGUUCCUCGGGAACCCUCAAGAAUGCAAAGUCCUUCCCUUGAGGACGAAGCAGAGACCUUGAGUUGUGACUCGCCUUUAAGGACUUCACGAAGCCCGUCUGAGAAACAGCACCGGGGCCGUCGUUUCUCUUCUGCAAAACCCAGUGGGACCUGAGAGAGCCGUUGACGGAUGCCCGAUUUGGGAAAGGCCGGAGGUGUUUGGAAGAGAGAUUCUAGCUGGCCUGGGGGUUACCGCCCGGUUUAGAAGAACUGACGUUUAUACCAAGUCGCUUCUGCUGACAGCUCCCUCGGGAGGAGGGGAUCCGGAGCGGCUCUUUGCUCAGAGGGAAAUCCGUUUGCAGACGCUUGGCUGCCCCUGGCUGCGUCUCGCUACCUCAGUUUCUCCAUACUGUAUGGCAUGACUGCGCUCUCCCAGCCAUUUCAGCUCAGCUCUUUUGAGAGAAAUUCUCAGUUUUAUGAGACUGGAUGCUUUACCCUUCGGGAAAGCCUCGUCUUCGGAAGUCUUCCCGAUUUUGUGAAUGGAUGCACUGGGCUGGAGCAUCUCCCGCGGUCACCGUUCGUGGCCACUGCAGUUAUAGUUAAAAACGGGCUUCCCUGUCAUCAAGAGGGAAAUGGGAUAUUUUUGAGGUUUGAAUGGUUGCUUUCUCAUGCCCGGAUUGCCGGGCAGUGAAAGGUUAAUUGGACGCCCCGUUUGGGAGAAGGUGAGAGGGCCGUGUUAAGAUUCAGUGCAUGCUUUUGGCCUCGUUUUGCAUCGCCUGGAGCAGGUGACGCUGCUGGGCGGUCUGGGUGGAGGUGGGGCGUCCGUUGUGGCGUUUGCUUGUGCAAGGUGUGAGUUAGGAAGGGGUUGUUUCUCUUGGUGUGUGGGCGGUUAAGGAUCUGAAGUCUCUCUUGGGAUGACACAUACGAUGCUUCAGGGCCCAUUGAUAAUAGCCAUGUGGACCUAGCCUUACGGGGUUGCGGUGGGGUCAUCCCCAACCAUCAGGGUAACACCAUAAAUUCCCCCUGGGAAAAGAACGUCGGGGGCUCGGUGCUCUGGUGUCGGUCUAUGGAAAACAGAAGCCUGAGCCUGACAAACGGGAGAGGGGCUUCUCCAGAGGGUGGAUGGGUCAGUCUGGCUCAGCUUCUCUGGAGGAGAGAAUUCACGUUGACGCACGCGGGUUCACCGGCUUCCGAGGUGCCUUCCAGUGCAAAGGCGUUUCUUUUGAAAUUUGAACUGUUUACUCCUCGCUCCCUGGAAUCUCAUUAGAUCUCUGUAGGGAAGCUGCCCAUCUUCCCAGCAUUGGCUUGUUAAUUUCACUCAUUCAUUCAUUCAUUCAUUCAUUCAUUCAUUGAUCCAUCCAUCCAUCACGUGGUUUUGGCGGUCCUCUCUCGACGGCAGGCGUUGGGACAGGUGCUGAAUCAAUAUGUGAGAAGUUCAACAACAUUUUGAUGACUUCUGAGCCCCGUCCAUCUAAGAGGUGUGAUUCCACGUUAUUUCCUGAAUAACGCCCAUGCCAGAAUCUGUGCUGUGUGAUGUCAGGACUGCCCAAUUAGAUAAGUUGAGUCCCCGAGAGAUGUGAUUUGUGAUUUAUCGCUAAAUUUUUGGUACAGAGAAGAGAGGUUUUUGUCUAGGUUUUUCUGCUCUAGAAAUAUUGCCGAAUUAUUAUUUGGGGGCAGGAGGUAAUGGCACGGGGAAGAAAGACGUUUCUGGAUAUACGGACUUGGCCGGGUGGAUGAAGCUGUGGAGACUUAGAGGAAGAAAGUAGAGUCUUUUUGUUCCCCAAAGUUGCUUGGUCACAUCCUGCUGGAAACUGUCUGGGUCUUGAAUGCCCGCCAACCGUCCUCCUGCUAAUGGUUUUUGGUGUGGAACUGCCCACAGGUUGAAACAGAAUGGGGUUUCUUUAUUUUUUUUUUCUUUAAAUGUUUUUUUAAAUUAUUUUAUUGAGGUCAUGUGGGCUUAUAAUAUUGUGGAAUUUCAGGUGUACAUCACUAUAUUCCAGUUUCUGUAUAGACUGCCUCGUUUUCCCCACCAACAGUCUGGUUUUUAUCUGUCACUGUAUAUAUGUGCCCCUUUACUCUUUCGGCUGUGCCCCGACCCUUUCUGUUCUGGGAACCGCCAAUCUGUUCUCUUUGUCCAUGUGUUAGUUUAUCUUCCACAUAUGAGUUAAUUCAUACGGUGUCUGUCUUUCUCUGUCUGGCUUAUUUCGCUUGACACAAUACCCUCAAGGUCCAUCCACAUUGUCAUGAAUAGAAUGAUUUUGGCUUUUUCAUGGCUGAGUAGUAUUCCAUUGUGUAUAUACACCACGUCUUUAUCCAAUCAUGGGUCAAUGGGCCCUUGGGUUGCUUCCACGUCUUGGCUAUUGUGAAUAAUGCCACAAUGAACAUAGGGGUGCAUAUGUCUUUUUGAAUCCUUGAUUUCAAGUUCUUUGGCUAAAUACCCAGUAGUGGAAUAGCUGGGUCCUAUGGUAUUUCUAUUUUUAAUUUUUUGAGAAAUCUCCCUACUGUUUUCCAUAGUGGCUGCACUAGUUUGCAUUCCAGAAUGGGGUUUCUUUCUGUCGACCACUCCUGAAUUGGGAAAAGCAGACCCACAACACUUUCUAAUUUCGUAGCUCUCUGCUCUUUAGAGUAUAAUGUUAUCAUACUGAUCAGACCACUGCCUUACAUUUAACACUGAUGUCUUACUUGCCCGCUCCUUCCACCACGCUAAGAAACAAAACUGGAGCAUUUUUUUCUUGGCGCACAAAACACCUGUGGCUACAUUUUGGUGCAGCUCCAAUUACACCUGGUGUAGGAAAUUCUGUAUCAGACUUUGCAGGUAAAACACAUUUUCUUUUAAGUUUAGGAGCAAAAACUGUACUGGCAGUAUUUUAAAGAUAGCACCAACUGUUAACCAAGAUUGUGAACAGAAGGAAUCAGCAAUUUAUAAUAUUUAUAAACCAUAAAUUCUCAAUUUAUAAUAUUCCCUCCCAGUUUAUAUUUAUAAACUAAAUAUUAUAUUUAAUAUAAUAAUAGAAUCCUCCAGAAAAAAAUAAAUGACUAAGAGAAUAUCAGGUAUUGAAGUCAGCUGGGUUAGAAACCUCUCGUGUAGCUGCGUACCUUGGGGAGGAAAGGCAUUGAGACGUGGAGAACGCUGCAUUUAAUAAAUUUAAUCUCUGGAAGAACAGAACUUGUGAAAAUAUUUGAGGAUCUCUCGCAUUCUAAGGUUGCAUCAGAGUUUACUUGUCCGGAGAAGUUGAGAAUCAUCAUAUCAGCGAGAGAUUAUUUCCCUGGCUGGAUUUGUACCCUCAUCCUUUUUUUGGAAUCCUUUCUUCCUUGCUGCCUCCUGGCCAGGGUCAGCCUGAGACCCAGUUCCUACUUGGCCUCGGCUCGAGAAGAACGCAGACGCUGAAUUGUUGGUCUGCACGCUGCUUAGCCAUUUUGCAUUCAAGUGGGUUUCUUCCAGGGAGCAUUCAAAUGGGUUGCUUCCACUGAAGCGGGUCAACUGAGGAUGGCAUGAAGGAACGAGGCCAGCCAGAAUUCAUAGCAGAGUGUGCAGAGCGUCUGGGAAGAGAAAAUCUUGCAGGUGCAUUUUUUUGGGAAGCUGACUCUCGGUGGCUGGCAGACCAGCUGGUCUAGGCACUGUGCCCUCAAGAAGACCAUGAAGAGCAUCAAAGAAGACAGUAUCCGCUGUUUAUGGACUCUCCAGGGGGCCUUUUGAGUUUGGCCGUGGGAGCCGUAUUGCAGGUGGUCCCUGAGGAACGGCCCUUCAUCAGCGUCGCACCCAAGUUGGGCCAGGUUCCCAUCGUUUCCGACCAUUCCGAUGAGUGUCACCUUCAACCCCAAGUUGAUGUCCAUUCUGGUCCUCUCCUUGGGUGAAGAAGAUUCUGCCCCCUUUUCUGGAGGCGUCCCCGUCUUCCUAAUGGCUGACCCUUUUGGUUGAGGAGGCUGACUUUCGAGAUGGAAGUACCGGAAUGGUUGAGAUUUGCCAUGCUGUGAUGAAAUGGUUGGGGUGAUGUCCCCAGACGACACGUGUCUUCUCUCUCCGUAUGGGAUCUUUAUGCUAGCAAGAAACUCACUGGAUUGCUUGAGCGAAAUGGUGACGAUGGGGUGAGUGAGUGGGGAGGGUCAGAGGUGAGGGGAAAAACUGGAGAGCUGGUAUGGUCCACGGACAAGACCAAGAACCGCCCAUGGGACCAGGCGGUGUUUCCUCGGAGAGAUGCUGCCAACAGCCCAGUGCGGAACCAGGAGGCACACGUGAUGAGCUCAGCUGGGUCCUCCUUGGCUGCCCUUGGCUGUGGAGGGCAGCACAUCUUGAUUGACUGUCCCACCUCGUACCUGGCGGGGAGGAGGAGGGGACCCUAAGCAGCGUUGGGCGCGGACAGCCGAAGAUCGGGGAGAGACUGAUGAGCAGAAGGAAGAACAAGACGGUUUCCUCCUUCGCUGGCCUUCAUCCAGACCUCAUGAGUGUUUCUCAGACGCUAACGGCUAACUUGGCAUAAAGCCCUGAGAUCUUGCGUCGCACAAGAUCCACCAACGCUAUGGGAACGGAAGGAGCAGGAAUCCGUAAAGCAUUUAGAGCAACGUGUGCACCUGUCAAGGACUUAGUAAAUGGUGUCCACCAUCAUCAUGAUUUUCACCCUGAGGCCACUUGCAGGCUCGCGGAGGAGGGUUGAAAUCAGUGAGCGAUGCGUGGCGGGGACGGGCAUGGGGAUGGGGACGGCCAUGUGUUUGCCAUUUGUUAUCGGCGACUUGGGGGAACCUGUCCUUGGAGCCAGGUCUCUGAAAGCUCACGCCCUCCAACCCGCUGCCUCAGAACCUGCGGAGAUCAGCCGAGACCGCCCCCCCCCCCGAAGGAGAAAAGCAGGGGCUGUUCAGAGCUGUGACUGAGAGACACAGAGCAGGUGGAUGACAUGUACGCGUGGUUCAGAAUGUGACAGGAGGCACCACUCUGAAGAGAACACACAUAAGAAUCGGGGAGUGUGUGGAUGUGAGGGUUAAUAUCAUGUGUAAACGCAAUGGCCAUGGGGUGUCUAGAUAUUUGGUCAAACAUUAUUUCUGGGUGAGAUUAUCAUUUGAAUCGGUGGGCUCAGGGAAGCAGAUUGCCCUCUUCUGUGUGGGUGGGCCUCGUCCAAGCAAUUGAAGGACUGAAUAGAAUCAAAAGCUGAAAAAGAAAGAAUGCUGUCUCUUUUCCCCACGGUCCUUGAGCUGGGACAGCGUAUGUUCUCCUGCCUUUGGACUCGGCCUCAGACUGGAAUUCACACCCUCGGCUCUCCUGGAUCUCCAGCUUGCUGAUGGCCGACCUUGGGACAUGUCAGCCUCUGGGAUCAUGUGAGAAAAUUUAUCAUAAUAAAUCAAGGUCAUGUAUCUAUCAUCUAUGUAUCCAUCCAUCAUCCAUCCAUCCAUCAUCUUUCUAUUCAUCCAUCUAUCUAUCCAUCCAUCUAUCCAUCCAUCCAUCCAUCCAUC